AUGCUGGUCGGAAAAGGGCUGUACAGGGCCCUCCUGCGCGAGGCAGAGCUGCUGCCGGACAGUAGGCUCAGCGCGCACUACACGGCCAAGGUCCGGACAGCUUUCCGCGAGGAGCAGGAUCCAGAGUCAAGUGAGAGGGCGUUGCGGCGGAUCAAGCGGGCGCAGAAGCUGCUCCGGCACCUGCAAGCUGCGAAUGAGGGCUAUCUGCAUUCGAUUAUGAGGGCGUACGAGACGGCGUACGGCGUUCGGGGCAAAGUCAAGCAUGCCAUUCUCGAACCCUUUCUCGAGCCCGGGCGCAGGAAGAGCACUUUCCCUCCAGCCCUCGCCGCCCUUGUGACCUCGUCAUUGGCUCACAACUCCCGUGCACCCGCUCCCGCCGACCUGCUCAAACCGCCUCUUCUGCCCGAACGCGCCGACCCGACCAGCGAACAAGCUCGACUGCUCGGUCCGCUCAUACCUCAACGGAUCAAGGCCAUCAAGCGGCGGUUCUGGAACAUGCAGACGGGCAAGGUCUUCGCGCCCGUCUCGAUCAAGGUCUUGCAGGGCAAGGACGAGGUUGACGGCAUGGACGAGGCGAGUCGGCUGCUGAAGAAGCACGCAGGGCUCAAGAUCGCCCCAGAGCAUCUCAUGAAGGGGUGGACGCGGACUCGGGAACUCGAAAUCAAGUCUACGUCGUCGACGCCCAAGCUGCCGCCUCGACGGCUGCAGACAGCCGAACAGCGGCAGAAGCGACCUCCGCCUCUGCCACCGCUCUCAACUCGCCGUGCCUUUCCCGACGAUGCCCGCCGCUCGCUCGUCCCGGCCUUCGACACGACAAAGUGGAAGCGUCCUCACGUUAUCCGGCCGCGGCUCCUCCGGCGACGCGUCCAGGUCAUGAUGCAGAAGAUGCCGACGCUCACGGUCAGGAUACCUGUGCCAGGAGACGACGAGAUGGUCCAGAAGGCAGAGCGGAAGAAGCCGAAGCAGAAGGAGGCGACUUUCACGGUUCAGCUUUCGGACAAGGCGGCGGGCGAGAAGGGGCGGUACCGGGAGAUGACGGAGGAGGAGCGGUGGUGGCUCGAGAAGGAGACUGUGCCGCCCCUCAAGAUCAAGGAGAAGAAGAAGAAGUAG